AUGGCCUGCGAAAAUGAUUCCUUCGUCGAUGAUGGAGAGCUCCAAGCUCUCGGAUACAAAAGAGAAAUGCCGAGACAAUUCUCAACUUGGAGCUUGGGGGCGCUCUCGUUUACUCUCACAUGCACUUGGCUUGGUGUUGGAUCUUCGAUGGGUAUCAGCUUGACAGAAGCCUCUGCAGCUGGAACCAUUUGGUCCCUUCCCGUCGCCGGGACAAUGACUGUCAUUGUCACUCUGGGGAUGGCAGAGCUUGCUUCAGCAUAUCCGGUGGCUGGUGCACAGUACUAUUGGUCGUUUAUGGUUGCCAGAGAAGACUAUAAGCCGUUUGCUGCAUACCUCAACGGAUGGUUGAGCAUCCUGGGAUGGUGGCUCGCCUCCGCCUCUGUUGCAAACUUUGUCUCAUCAUUGAUCAUAGCUAUCGUCGCGCUCUGGCUACCGGAUUACGACGUUCAACGAUGGCAGCAAUGGUUGAUGUACGUUGCAGUCAUUUGGAUUGCAGCAGCUUUCAACAUCUUUGGAUCGGGCUUGAUACCUCUAUUCAACCAGAUGCAAUUUAUCGUGGCACUACUGACCUUGACUUCAACUGUAAUUACACUUUUGGUCUGCAGUCGAAACCAAUAUCCUUCUGCUGCUUGGGUUUUUGCCGAUACAACAAACUCGACAGGAUGGUCUAGUGACGGGUUUGCCUUCAUCUUGAGUAUCAGUAAUGCUGUCUACUCUUUUCUGGGCACUGACUGUGGGGCGCAUCUUUGCGAAGAGAUUCAGAAUCCUGGUCGAAAUGUGCCCAAAGUCAUGAUAUGGCCUCUUGCAAUGGGUUUUCUGACAGCAUUUCCGUUCGCUUGCGCGUGCAUGGCUUCAAUAAUCGACUUGGACGCUGUGCUCAACACUGCAAGUGGUCUUCCUCUAAUCGAGGUAUACUACCAAGGAACCGGCUCGGCUGUCGCUGCGUCUAUCUUGACAUCUUUUUUUGUAUUCUGUGCCUUUGGGUGCCUUGUUGGAAAUGCUACCACAGCUUCUCGUACUCUCUGGGCAGUGUCCCGUGAUGGCGCCCUACCGUACUCCUCUCUAUGGAUGCGUGUCAGUAAUCGCUUCAAGACCCCUGUUAAUGCUUUGUGCCUUUCCGGCACCCUUGUUUCCGUGUAUGGACUCAUCUUCCUUGGCUCAACUACUGCAUUCUCAGCAAUGGUAUCUGCGGCUAUCAUAUUUCUUCAAACAUCUUGCAUAGCGCCACAAGCUAUCCUGCUCUAUCGCGGUCGUGAUAAAGUCCUUCCACCGCGAUAUUUCUCACUUGGUCGAUAUGGUGUGGCAGUCAAUGCCACAGCGAUCAUCUGGGUAAUAUUUCUGGAUAUCGUAUACUGUACCCCAACUACGAUGCCAGUCACGGUGGAAAAUAUGAACUAUGUAUCAGUGGUAUCUGUUGGACUGGUGUCAUUUGUUGUGGUUCUGUGGUUAACAUCAAAGAAGGGGGUAUUUAUGGGCCCGAAGAUCGAUAUGGCUGAAUUACAGGAAAGACGUAUGGCAGCAAUGCGUGAUGACGGCACCAAGUCGAGAAGCGAAGAGAUGAGAACACCACAUGUGACAGGCUAUCGUCAAGUAGGUGCUAAAGAGCAUGUCUCAAAAGAGUUACUCAAGUGUUACAAGUCGGGUUGGCACGAGGUUGCCAACGCAGAGGGCGACUUCAGAAAGGCAGGUAGGCCGAUGCGGACUGGCAAGAUCGGCCUGCGCGCCUACCUCCACGCCAUCAACAAAGCCGACACCGACCAAUGCCAAUGCGGCUAUGGACGCCAAACCGUGAGACACAUCCUCCUCGAAUGUCGGAAUUGGUGCGAGGAGCGACGACGAAUGUGGGCAGGCAAGGCUCCAUGGGUGGACAUCAAGCAAGUUCUCUGCAGCUCGUCAAUGGCAGUUUCAUCAGCCAAGAUGAUGUUGAGGACGGGACUUCUGGAGCAAUUCCGGGCAGUUCCGGUACUUUAA